AUGAAGUUCUUUGUGUUCACUACUUUGGUUCUAUGCCUCUUAAACGUAGUACGAGCUGAUGACGAUGGAAGCUACCACCCAGAGCUGAACGGUGAUAGAGGAAACGUGUAUAAUCGCGUGAAUCCUGCCAGAUACAAUUACAGGCAUAAUAACUAUUUGAAUAGAAAUAACUUGAACUACCCUAACUACGGCUAUCAGCCGCUAUACCAACAGCUUGCUCCACCAUUUGCAGCCUUCAAAGAUAACAGGUUUAUUUCUAGCACAACAGCUCGUCCUGUUAUAGCCGUUUCGACAGCUUUACCGCCUAAAUAUGCAUAUGCUAAAAAUUAUGGCAACGAAGGCUAUGCUAGAAUCAUCGAACAAGACAAUGAUUUAAUUGGAAAUAAUUAUAAAUAUAGUUAUAGGACUGAAAAUGGAAUAAGUGCAGGGGAAAGUGGAAAUGUAGACGCUUCAAACUCAGCUGGAGGCACUAGAGUAUCUGGGUUCUAUGAAUACAUCGGUGCAGAUGGUCUCACCUACAGAGUUGACUAUACUGCCGACGAAAAUGGUUUUCAUCCUUCUGGUGCACACUUACCC